GACCAGCAGAAGGUGUUGUGGUGUCAGGAUCCAGUUGCAAAGCGCGCGGAACCAACAGUCUGGACUUCCCACUCCUGUGAAGAACGCAUCUCAUAAACGCUGUUUUUCCCCCCUCCUCCUUCUUGGCUAAACGUUUCCAACGCGAAUUUAUCUGUCAGUGCCUCAGUUUGAAUAGAAUCUAUCUGGAUGACGCAUCUCACCGUUUCUUUACGUCUGAACGUCUCCAACGGAUUUUACGCAUACGGAGUCGGCGAAAGGCGAACGAGAAGCGCUCUGACUUUUUUUUUCUUUCUUUCUCGUCUUAAUCAGAGACCAGCGGGUGUAAAACUUAAAUCUCUCCAAGUUGGAAAUCAUUAUUCUUGUCAACAGGUUGCCUUGUGCCAAAAUGUUUGAAAGAUUUCCUUGGCGGCGCGCUUGUCCCUCUCUUUCACCGUCAGGACUGUGGACUGUUUCUGCGCCGCGGGAUUCAAAACUUGGAUUAUAACGGAGGAGAGCAACCUGUUACACAUAUAUUUAAAGGGAGCCAAUGCGGAGCAGAAUAUAAAGUUUGUUUUCAGUGAACGCGUAUUUUGGCACAACACAGCACGCACCGAGUGGGGACGUAGCAAUGCCGCGUCGGAUCCUCGCGAUCUUCCCACUGCUGCAGCUGCAGCUGCUGCUCCUGGCCCUGCUGCUGCCGGUUUGGUCGGUAGGGACGAUCCGGGCUCGAAAGAAAGCCACCAGGACCCGGGCUUGUCUCGAUCUGCCUGAGGAGAUUUUGGAGCAGAUGUUCGGACGGCUCUCGGUGGGAGUGAUGAGCGCAUUUCACCACGCCCUGCAGCUGGAGCCGCAGGACAAACUCAACCUGACAUGCCCGAACGCCGCGCCGGCCCUGACCGACAGAAAGACCCGCCUCCCGGUCAACCUGCUCAGCGUGUCUCCCUGGGCCUACAGGAUCUCCUACAACCCAACCAGAUAUCCCCGCUACAUCCCAGAGGCCUACUGCCUAUGUAAGGGCUGCCUGAUCAGACCGUACGGUGAGGAGAGCCACCAGUACCGCAGCACUCCGGUCUACGCUCCCUCUGUCAUCCUCAAGAGAACGGGCUCCUGUGUCAGUGGACGCCACUCCUACUCAGAGAUCUAUAUCUCCAUUGCUGUGGGAUGCACCUGUGUGCCACUCCUGGAGAAGGAGCGCGAUAGUCAGAACAGCAACCAGAGCCUGCAGAGAAGAGAGCCCAAAGCCAGGCAGGUUUUCUCUGCACGCAAGAAAGCAUGAAGGAAGGUUUUCUAUACCUGACAGCAUUGCAGCGGUGCUGUUUUUCCAUUUAAGGAGAUUUUUCACAUGUAACUUUCCCUCAGUGGCUAAAGGCUGAAUAUCUGAAAGCAUUCCUGAAUCCAGACUUAACAGUCUACGGGCCACUGUCCUGCAUGUUUUGUCUGCUUUAACACACCUGAAUCAAAUUAUUGAGUCAUUGUGCAGAACGAAUGCAGCAAGCGGUUGGAUCCAUUUCAUUUUAAUCUGAUGUGUUGGAGCAGGGCAGGAUAGUGGCCUCCAAGGACCGGAGUCUGAGAUCCCCGAGAACAUUUAAUUUGCUCCACUUUAUUUUUUGUAUUUCACGUUUCCUUUUAUUGCUUAAACUUUCCAAAAAUGUUUUCUGUACAGCUGUACAUGUACACUGGUGCUUAGUAAAUCUGACUCAAUCUGCAUGUUUUAUUGGAUCUGAUCUGGAAAAAAUGGUUAUUUUUUUUUUUUAAAGGGAGAGAGAUAAAGAUUAAACCAAAAACUAAAGUCACAACAACAAUAUCUCAAGAUGUAGCUCAGCCAAAAGGUGUUUUAAUUUACUCUUGGACCAAGCUCUGCAAAGCAGUAAAGCAUUGUAGUUUUAUUUUCUCCAAGUUUAAGAAAUAUUUAUUGCCACAACCCACUAUUGUAUUUGGGAGGAGACAGAAACCUCAGAUAUUUAAACCUCAGCACAUUCGCUGUCUGCAUAGCACAUUACUUAAAAAAAAAAAAAAAACAAAAGCAGAGAAUAUGUAUGUUUGUUAACUUUGCAACUCAGAUUGUAUAAAAUCAAAUGAAAUGGA